AUGGAAUUCACUGUAAUAUUAAUUAUUAUCGUAACAAUUUUAUUUGGAUUACUCUAUGGAAUAGCAGAAUACUUUUUAAAUAAAUUACAUAUGUUUAAUAAGAUUAAAGGAAUUUCUGGAUCAAAAGUAUAUCCAAUUAUUGGAAAUGUUCAUUUAUUUAUUGGUGAUACAGCUGCUCUAUUCAAACAAAUACUAAACCUUGGAAAGUAUUAUCAAUUAUUGUGGCGUGUAUGGAUCGGCACGAAAUUAUUGUUAGUAAUUGAGAAUCCCGAAUAUGUCAAGAAUGUACUCAAUAGUCCAAAUAUUACUGAUAAGAGCGAGGAAUAUGAAAAAUUGAAUCCUAUUGUGGGGAAUGGAUUGUUAACUGCUCCAGCAUCAGUAUGGGAUUCACAUCGAAAAGUUUUAAAUAAAAUGUUCCUUAUGAAAAAUAUAAAGUCACAUGUGGAUGUAUUUGUUAAUCAUUCUAUCGCAUUAAUGGAAAAAUUAGAAACUUUUGUUGGAGGAGAAUUAGACAUUUUUGAUUAUGUCUUUCGCUAUGUCAUGCUGGAUACACAACUAAAUUCGCUGACAAAUUCGGAUUGUAAAAUAGCUGAAUCAAUAAAAUGGUAA